UGGACACGACAGCGAUUCAUUGCAAUGUCCGCGCUUGGAGCUGCUCGUUCCAUUGCCCUCCGUGACCGGCAACAUGUGAUACGGCGUUGCCAAAGCACCUUGGUGAACCAGGUCUCGGUGCCAACGGUCGGGUCAAGCCUUUGGUCUGGUCUAGAAACUGCCAAGCCUGGCGCAGAUCCAUUUGAUUGGGACUUCGAUUUGCAUUGGAAGGACAUGCUGUUGCUGGACAGGCGCUUCAGCGAAGAGGAGAUGCUGAUCAAGGAGACGGCGAAGCGAUUUGCAGAAUCUGAGUUGAUGCCCAGAGUCUUAAAGGGCUUCCGUGAGGAGCACUUCGACCAAGGCAUUUUCAAGGCCAUGGGAAGUGCCGGCCUCUUGGGCUCCUUCAUUCAUGGCUACGGAUGUGCUGGUGCAUCUCCAACUGCUUAUGGUCUGAUUGCGCGAGAGGUUGAGAAGGUUGACUCUGCCUAUCGUUCGACUCUUUCGGUGCAGUCAUCUUUGGUCAUGCACCCAAUCAACUUGUUUGGGUCUGAGGAGCAGAAGGAGCGCUUCCUUCCGCGGCUGGCGACCGGAGAUUUGAUUGGCUGCUUUGGGCUCACUGAACCAGACCACGGUUCAGAUCCUAGUGGCAUGAAGACUCGUGCGCAUGACAAGGGAGAUCACUACGUGCUCAGCGGGGCCAAGAACUGGAUUACCAACUCUCCCAUUGCUGACAUUUGUUUAGUUUGGGCAAAAACCGACACGGAUGAAAAGGUCCGCGGUUUUCUCGUUGAACGAAGCAUGGAGGGCCUCUCUACUCCAAAGAUUGAGGGCAAAUUUUCGUUAAGAGCCUCACCCACUGGCAUGAUUCAGUUGGACGAAGUCAAAGUACCUAAGUCAAAUGUCCUGCCUGGGGUGACAGGGAUGCGAGGACCUUUUGCUUGUUUGAAUUCUGCUCGCCUUGGUAUUGCCUGGGGCGCUUGGGGUGCUGCUGAAUUCUGCCUCGAGAGUGCGAGGCGGUACACCAUGGAUCGGCAGCAGUUCGGAUGGCCUUUAGCGGCAAAUCAAUUGGUUCAGUUCAAGAUGGCCAAUGCGCUGACUGAGAUCACCAUUGGCCUAAAUGCAGUGCUUCAAGCCACACGGAUGAAAGAGUCGGGCGAGCUUCACUCGAAUGUCAUUUCGAUGAUGAAACGCAACUCUUGCAGCAAGGCAUUGGAGAUCGCUCGCACCUGUCGCGACAUGCUUGGAGGAAAUGGAAUUGUGGAUGAGUACCACAUUAUCCGUCAUGUCUGCAACCUGGAGGCGGUCAACACCUACGAGGGCACGGCUGACAUUCACGCGCUGGUUUUAGGCCGGGCACUCACUGGACUUCCGGCAUUCAAGUGAAAAUGCGAAGCAAAUGCGAAGCAUAGCAAGUAGAUUGCAAGUAGCAGAAGUACAGUAGCAAAUGCAAGUAGCAAUUGCUUCUAUUCUUUGUCCUUGGAUCCAUCGAGAUGCACAGC